UUACAGAGACACGGAGAUGCGUCAAAGCCCCCUGGCAGAGCUCCCUGUGGCGUGUCCCCAUGGAGCCGGGGACAGGCGGGCGGGCGCACAGACGGACACACGCGGACACACGGACACACAGGGACACACCGACACACGCACACGGACAGGCGCGGUGCGUGCGCGCAGCCCGCCGGGGGACCCGCGGACUGGAGGAGGCAAAGCUGCAGUCAGGGCAGGAGAAGUGAGGGAGAGGAAGAGGCGGGAGCACAGGGACACGGAGGAGUGGAGAGGGCAGAGGGAGAAACGGGCACCGAGACACUUCAGAGAUGGGUGAGUUAUAGCUAAGAGAGCAGGAGGAAAGGCAGAGAGAGGAAGAGGAGAGCCGCGGGAAAGGGAAAGGGAAAGGAGAUCUGUGACUGAGUCAGCUUCCAGAGGGCAAACACCAGGAGACGAGUUCAGGGAGCAGCCCAGCAAACCAAGAAGGACCUGCUCCGUCUGAAUCUUCGCCAUGAGCACAAGGAAGAGCUGCCCCCUGCCACUGGGGCAAGGAGAGCAAGAGGAAAAGCAGAGCAAGUGUACUCCUGACCUGGAGCGACAGGAAUGUGAGAUGGAGCUGAGGAACAAAGCUAUUCUGCAACAGAAGAGGCGCCUCAAACAGGCCACCCAGUUUGUGCACAAGGACUCUGCUGAUCUGCUGCCCCUGGAUGGCUUGACAAGGCUUGGCACCUCCAAGGAUCUGCAGCCUCACAGUGUGGUCCAGCGGCGCCUCUUGGAAGGCAACCUGAACAAGCUGCGGGGCGAGGCCAGGGGUCAGCCUGCACGGGUUCAAUCUCUGCUGGCAAAAGACCAGGAUGAAAAGAUGGAGAAGGGAGAGGACAGGAGAAAAGAGACUUCACUCCUGCUAAUACAGUGCCAGUGCCAAGGUCAGGAAUUGAAAGCGACGGUAAACACUGGGUGUCUACCAAACCUCAUCUCCAAGAGGUGUUUAAAGCAGCUGGGGCUGGAAGAAGUGUCUGCCAUGGACUGUGGAGACCUCUCUCUUCCCAUCCCCAGCGUUGUUGGCCGAGUAGAACAUAUGGAAUUGCAAUUUGGCCAGGAGACAGUGCGGUGUUCAGCACUGGUUGUAGAUGACGAAAUGCUGGAGUUUUGCAUUGGCCUCCAGACUCUGUUGUCUCUUAAGUGUUGCAUCGACUUGGAGGAAGGAGUCCUGAGAUUUAAAGCGCUGAGUCAGGAGCUGCCUUUUCUACGCGCCUCCGAAGAGCCUGGUCAGUGACUGGCUGCAUUCCCCAUGUCUGGAGACUUGCUGCCACAAGAGAGAGAUGAGGGUGAGGCUCCCAUGCCCCUAACCUUGCUGAGUUCUAGGCUGAGGCAUUCUAUGGGGAGUGAGAAAAAGGCAAGUGGGGGCUGGAAGCUGUCACUGGGAGUGCCUCAACUUGAGAUAUCCCUCCUUUCAGUGGACCCUCUUGCUUGUCCUGAUGUGCAGAGUGGGCAUUUUGUUCUUGUUCUGCUCUUUGGCCCCAGUCACUCCAAUUUCUGGUUCUUUAAUAAAUUUAUGCUACCCCUUUAGUGACUUUACAAUACACUCUGUUCACAAGUGAGUCUCUGUGAACAAUCUCCAGUUGUUCUAUUGACAGGAGAACAGCGUUUUCUCCGAAGACCUCCAAAGAUUACCACAAAAGUUUCCCUUUUUGUUGCCUCAAUGCCAGCGCACACCACUCCUGUUUCUUUGUUGGAAGGGCUCUGUUCCCUUUCUGUAACUCUGGGAAGCUGGAUUUUGCUGCUUUUUGCUGGCUCAGAGCAGAACAGAAGUAUUUUCUUGGGAAAACUUUGUGGCAAAAAAACAGUUUUAGAGUUGUCAGUUCUAAGAAACCUUAGCAGAAGUGUUGAGUGCAGACACCUAAAGCACUGACAGGGGCUUGGGCUUUGCCAUUGCAUCCAUGGGCACUAAGCUAUAUUAUACGAAUGGCAAUGCUUACCAUCUCUUGGUGUAACCAGGCUUGCAUUCCUGUUCUUCUGGCCAGGCCACUGCUCUCUGCACUCCAGCUGCUAGAGCUGCAUCCCUGUUCCUUCUGCUGCUUCACUGGAGAUCCUGCCACUCAGUCUAAAUGCUGAGAUGAAUUACAGCACCAAGUCUUCUGCUCUGUCAGCUCCUUUCUUUCAACUUGAAAUCCAGUCAUUAAACACAGACACAUCAUCAGCCUUGAGUCCUGGCAUCACACAGCCCAUCAACUUUGCUUCUCUUGCACAAAAUGGGAACUUGUAGUAUCAGCUCAGGUUAGAGAACUGUGAACUCAUCUGGAAUGUUAAAGGUGAUUAUUAAGUCCCUUAACAAUUGGGUUUAUUUAAUUUCUUUUUUUCUCUUUUUAAUUUCCACACUAAAGCAUAGCUGUAUUAAAAAUACAUAAUCUAUUCUUAACUAGCUCUAGGAAAAAAUGUACUAGAUCAGGGCUUGUUCCAUGCCUCAUGGCUAUGAUUCACUAUCCAAACUGAAAAAUGUACCUUUAUCCACCCUUAAAAUGCUAGGACAACCCCAUUUUGCCUAUUUUCCUGGAUUAAACACCACUGACUCUUCCUUUUUUGUCAAACUGGUCAUUGUCCCUGUCGUGCUUCUCAAAAAAUGUGUGUAUGCAUUUUUUUCUUUGUUGUUAGUUCUCUUCUCUACAGCUGUACACUGUAGUUUAACACAUGCUAAGGACACCAGAGUGAAGCCUGGCUGAUAUGAUUUGGGAUUCACCUCCCAGUGAUAGUUGGCGUGACUGGCAUCUGCUGUUCCUACAAGGAGCAUCACACUCUUACUGUUACUCAUCAUAUCUUGCAGCUUCUGAUACUUUCCUCGACUUCUUUGCCACUCUCCUACUUGUGCAUCUGACUAUUUCUGGCUGCAUGAGCUGCUUUCCAUGAAUCUCUCAAGUGGCACCAAUGGUUCUCUCAUUUAGUCAGGAAAACAUGCCUACUCCAUGAGCCUGUCUUCCAAAGCAGCAGUAAUUCCUCCUGGGUUUGUAUCACUUGCAUGCCUGACUGGCUUCUCAAACCCAGGGGUCUAGGCAGCUCACACUUGUACUAAACCAUCUCGUAUUCUAGCUGCAGACUGGGUAGUACCUGGGCCAAUUCUGCUGGCAAAAUCUUGCUUGUGAUAGACAAAACACCUGUCUCUAUAUGCAUCAACUCACCCAGUUUCCAACUCUCACUGCCCUCUAAAAAUAGCAUGUAGAACAAGGGCAAAUAAUCUGUACAUACAGAUACCAUGUCCGUUACAAAUCUUAUUACUCAUUAACUUCUAUGAUCCAUUAAAAAAACCCCUCUAAACCAAAACCCAAAAGCUGACUUUAGCCCUAACCCAAAUAAACCCUAACAAUGACCCUAAAUCUAAGAUGCAAGGCACUAAAUCCUAAUGCUAGAUUUAACCUCUAAAACCAGCUCUAAAAUUUAAUGCUAAUUCUAACACCUAAAUCAAAUCACCAUCCCCAACUAUAAAACUUAACGUUAAACACAAUCCCCAAAACAUAACGCUGUAACCCCAACAUUUACCAUCUGACUUUAAACCCAAAACAGAAACCUAAUCAUAAAGACAUUAGCUAUAAACCCUAACCCCAAAACUGAACCACAAUCACCAGCCCUAAACUCUAACCAUUAAGGAAACCCCAGCCCUAAAGCUAAACCCCAAAUCAUGUAACAAAACCCAACCCUAACCCCAACUCCAAACAUAUCUCUAACCCUACACUUAACCACAACCACCUAAGUCUAUCUGUUGGCUUUUAGCAUUCCCACAAGGGGCCCUGCUUCCCUCCAGAGUGCUCUGGGGCUUUUGCAGAGUUUUGCUUUGCCUUGCAGGGGGCCCUGCUGCCUUUCAGAGCGUCCCAGGGCUUUUGCCAGGUUUUGCAAAGCCCAGAUGGAGGCCCUGCUUCCCUGUGGAGCACCAUAGGGGCUUUUGCUGGGCUUUGCUGAUGCCCAGGCAGGUCUCUGACAGCUUCUGCUGGGUUUUGCUGGUGCCCACAAGUGCAUGGGAAGGGGAGGGCCCCCAACAGCUCUAAGUCCUGGCCGCUUCCUUGUGAGAGCACUGCCCGCUGUCAGUUUUGCAGCUGGGCUCUGGCUAGGGCAUGGGUGUAGGCGAGUAGGAGCCUUCAGACUGAAGCCAACAGGAAUCUUUCCAGUGGGUUAAAAAGUGUUGGAUGGGAUCCUACAGAAAACUGCCACGACUUUGAGUUGACAAUUCUAUUUUGAUUGCUGCCCGUCACUUGCAGCCCUGCAGAUACCUGCACACUAGCUGCUGCUGGAAUUCACCAGGUGCUGUUCCUACAUGCCUGUCUUGGGAUAACUGCUUUUGCUCACAUUCAGAACAUCCUCCAGCCUUUCUGAAGCCUUUCUGUGGUUCACACACCCCAAAACCUUAAACCACUAACAGUUGGGGCUCCUCUGUGAAUUAAUGUGCUAGAGUAGGUGAAAAUUUCCAGCCCUAUUUAUUCCUCUCUCCUCUGCUUAAUGACUCUUUCUUUACAUCCUCCUUUGCUUCCACUCAUGUUGGUAAUUGACAAAUUUCCUUCAAAAAGGAAUUCUUUCCUUUUCAGAGAAUCCUUUUAACACUUGCCUUGUACCCUGGCUGCUAUUACACUCGUACACUGUGCCACAAUCUUGCCAGCCUUUCCUUUUUGUUGUGAACAACUGCAUGCAUAAAUUCUCAGUCACAGAGAGGAUAUUUCCAAGAAAGCACUAAAUUAGUGUGGGUUCUUUUCUCAGCUCUGAAAUCAGCUCCAGGGCAGAAGACAUGCUCUUCACCUUCCUCCUGUCCAUGUCAGUUGAACACACAGAUCCACUCAGUAGAAGCCCCUUUUGUCCAGACAUGGAGGAAUCUGCUGCCAAACGUUACUUUGGAACCUCCCCACCAAGCUUUGCUGCAGGCAGGGCUUCCAGAAAAAAACCCAUUUACAUGACUAAAUGAGAACUGGAGGUCAUGAUGCCAUGGCAGAUACCUCACUUCAACCCAUCCACUAAAUCAGUCUAAUCCUACAGGGCCAGUACCUGCUUUCCUCACCAGCACAGCUCCUGGUGGGUUUUCAUCUCCCCAGGUUACUUGGCAUAAAAUGACACACUGUUACUGCACUUGGCACGUGUAUUCUGAAUUCUAGCCCAAAGACAUUUUUCUUUCUCCGAAGCAUUUUUGUGUCAUUACGUCUGAAGCACAGCCUCCACUGUGAAAGAAAGAAGUACUGGCUUUGAAAUGUGGUGGUAAAAUAGGACUUACAACAUCUCAAAGAAGCCAACUCAACUCUCAUCUACAAAUAUGGUAUUUUUUAAGUCUUCCAACACUGGGGAGAACAGUAAGAAAUUUUUGAGUGGACUGGCAAGGCUGGAGGCUUGUCUACUAAACAAGCAGUUUCUCUUGGAAAAGUCUUCCCUACUCCUGAUUCCAGUCAUCUCUAUUGCUUUUGGGGGAUGAAGGGAACAAAGGAAUAAUCUAAAGGUCUUUCUCACUGAAGAUCAAAAAAUGCCAGCACUUUCAUACAGAAAGCAGAAGUUCAGCACAAACUGCCAGCUCAGAGCAGGACAUAGGCACAUCCCGUAUGUGUCCAACACUGGCUUCCUCGUCAUGAGGCCCGUCCCUUCAAUAUAAAAAAUGGAAUGUUAUUAUUUUAGGGAUAAUCUCUUUGAACCACCUUGGUGGUCAGUUUCUAUCGGGGCUGCUUUUUAAUAGGGUGAGCACAGCAGUUGUGGAAGUCUGCAGGGAAACACCUGCCAUGGCAAAUCUCUGGAACAGUGUGCAAUACACCCAGGGGCAAGGAGAAGGACUUCUGUCCCUCCUGAGAACAUGCACUCUGCCAAAGCCAUAAUCAGGACCCCUUCCAGGAGCCUGGGGUCACUCAGUUUUGAACAGAAUAGGGGCUGCAGCCAUCCAUAUUCCCAGAGGAACAUGAGCUCCUUCUUUCACUAGCAGCAGGUGAGCUACGGCAUUGAAGACCAUUGAGCCACAUACCUAUGUCUGCAUUCAAUCCUCCUUUCAAGAGAUUCCACUGGCACAUGCCAGGAUACACCUGAAGAGUUACAGAAAUAACUAAAAAAUAGAAGAAAGAUCAUACAAACAAGGGCAGGGAUGGAGAGCAGGUUUAUUACGUCUCAGGAAAACAAGGCAACCCUCUCCCUUUCUUUUUUUGCUAGUAAAUUGAGCAUCAGAACCAAAGCCAUGAACCAUUUAUCAGCAAAUACCCCCAGUGCCUGAGAAUACUGUCAGACUCCUCACUUGCUGUGUGCUGGCACUGGGACAUACAAACGUGUCCUGCAAAUGCUGCCCUGUUGAAAAGUCUCCCAGCACCAGCAGGUUAUGCCAAUCUGCUAGAGUAGGCUACAGCAAACAACAUUUUCUGCUGUGUGGGAAGGAACCACUUCUGAGUCCAACUUCUGAGCGGCUUGAGUCGGCUGGCAAGGACAAAGAGACAAUUAGUUACAAAUAAAGUAAAAUGUAACUCCAUCAGGCCAGAGACAGAGCCUUUAACCGGCUCCUUUCCUGAGAAGAUGGACACUUCACAGGAAAACUGUUGCCAGUGGAAGCAGCCUGAAUAAGAGACUUCAAGAAGUAUUUGGCAUUUAGGAGUUCAAGGCAGGAAAAAAUAAGGAAAGCCAUCUUUUGGCCAAUGUUCAGUUGAUUCUUCUGUAGAUACUUUUCAUUUUCUCUUGUGCACAAAGGGCACAGGAGCAAAAUGUAUCUGCAAGUUAUUAUGUGCUGCAACACAGUACAAAACUGUCGGGGGAAGCCCUCAGAUGUUAGUAUUUUUCCUCUCCAAUGGUUUUUAAGAGCUGAAAAGUUUUGCAGAACAGAUGUUUUUGUAGUGUCUGUAUUUUCUCACCCUUGCUUUUCAUAGCGUGCAUUGCCCGGGCUCGCAUGGCACACAGCAAUAUUAUCCUCAGGCUGGCAAAAGAGGGUUGGGGUGCACAAAUGGCCCUGCCCAAUAUCUGAAACGCUUUGGUCCUGUUUUCCUUUAGAGAUGGUUCUUAGAAAAAUGUCAUCUCCUCCUCAGUAACCCUUUCCCAUUCUUUCUCCACAAUUAAUAGACCAACAGUGGAUCAGUUUGACCUUCCUUUCUUGGAAAUCAUUCGACCUGUACAGCAAAGUUUGUUUUGCAUAAAGCAGUUUCCAGCCAUAUGCACCCAUUUGUACCCCCCUUGCGCUUGUGUUGCUGAUAAAGGUUUCUAUUUGGUGUUGCUAAUAAAGGUUUAUAUUUGGCAUGGACAGACA